CAUAAAGAAAACGGAAGUGAAGUAAACGACAUUUUGGAAACGAGGAACCAAAACAAGAGCGAAGAGAGAAACAAAAUGAGAACAAAAGGGCAGUCGGGGAUCCCCGACAUGUACAAGUGCUGUUUCUGCUGCCAUGUCAAGACAGGGACACUGUUUUAUGGACUCUUUCAGUUGAUUUGCCAUUUAUUCCUGAUUGGAGGGCUUAUUUUUGCCUCCAUUCAUCCUGAAAUCCUGCAGGAACAUGCCAGUAAGUGCACUGAUGUGGAGAUAGACACAACAUUGAAAAGUGAUCACAUGGAGACACAGGAAGAAAUUUUCAUCAGUAGAAAGAUGAAAAGAGAGGAUUUUGACUUGGCCUUCAUCAUCUGUCUGUGUAUGCUGACCAUUGUUCUUUUCCUCCUUUAUGGAGUCCUCAGGAAUCGGCCUGGAUACAUCUUGCCUUUCUUCUGCCUACAAGUGUUUGACUUCUGCCUGAGCUGUCUGACAGUCGUAGGGUACCUUAGCUACUCCCCAAAUAUCAAAAUCUGGCUCAGGACCCAGGGACUGUCCUGCGUACCUGGUCUGAAGCACCUGAUGGACAUGGACUCUCAAUGGCUGAUGCUUCUCUGUCUCCUGGCUUUUGUCCUGUUCCUGUCCAUGAAGGCUUAUCUGAUUGGAAUGGUAUGGAGCUGUUACAACUACUUGAAAUCCAGAAAUGUCAGCUGUAACCAGAUCAGAGAAUACUCUGUAGACCCAGACUCACAGGUUCUGCUGCCCCCAAAGUAUGAAGAGGCAAUGAGGAAUGGGGAGGGUCUGCCCCCACCCUACACAGCAUAAAGUGCAGGAGCAUCAUGAGAAAGGUCACUGAUAAUCUGUUCAGAUAUCAAGACAAUUAGCACAAUGUUGUUCUUUUGUUUUCAGACUUAUCCUUCCUAAAAUUUGAUACGUCACAUCUAAAUAACAACGUUGCAUAAUUAUAAAUAUAGUAAUAUUUGGGAAAGGACAGAAAUGAGAACGAUUUUAUCACUUUUCUUAUGAUGUAAAUAAACAUUAACUUGUGCAUUUUUGUUUGAAUUGGAUAAAAUUUAGUGAAAAUUUUAAAGGAGAAAGGAGAAGAAUUUUUACUGUCUACGAAUUUCUGUUUAUUAAUGUCAGAUCUAAGCUUUAUAUGCUGUACAUAGAUUAAUCAUUUUAGCUGUCUUGUUAUAAGCUUUCAGUUGAUAUUAUCCACUUAUACAAUUGUAUAUUGAUUAUUUGACUGAAAGACCCGAUACUAAGUUAUAUGCUGGUUUAAAAGAGAAAGUAAGAACAUCAUGGUGAGACCAGGUGUUUCUACAGGAGAUGUUUAACUGAUAUUUCUGUAUGACUUGGACAGUAUCAACUGAAAUUCUGUGUUUUAUGUAUUUCAUCACAUCAUUAUUACAAGUUAACAGGAUUAUAGAACGGAGCUGAUUGUAUAAUGGUUUACUAGUUCUCUGUCUUAGUGCUGUAUAUCACUCUGUAUACAGAGAACCUGUUAUUGUAUACAUCAGAUCAUAGGAAUAUUACAUCAAAGUCUCGAGUUAGAUUAAGGUAUCUGUUGAUAUUAAAUGAACAGUCACUAUGGACUACUAUCUGGAUAAGGCAGGUUUAUGUUCUGUGAAAUUUUAUACCGAGUCUCCAAGAGACUGAAGAACUGGGUAAUUGUGUUUUAAUCAUGCAUGCAGUCAUCCUAUCAAAUGUCAAUCACAUGUGGAAUUUUGUUAUUUGUCUCCAGUGAAUUUUAACAACUCUGUAAAGUUAUUUAUUGAAAGCAGGGAAGAAUGCCCUAGGCAGAUAAGGUCACUUGUAUAAGGAAUCCAGGUCAAAGGUCAUAAUUAUCAGAAUAUCUUAAAAUAUCUUUUAUUAAACAUGAAAGAUGGGUAUGAUCUGUUAUACAGGAAAUAAAUGAUGGAGUAAAUUGUUCAAUUUUAAGACACAUAUACUUCAGAGAUGAUGUUUUAAAAAUGGGAGUACUGAUCUUUCCUUGAAUCCUGACACAGGUAUAAACAUGGUUAUAUUGACAGGUGGGAAUUGAAGAUUUUCUUAUUUAAAAAAUUUAGAGGGGAAAUUUGGAUGAAGGAGUAGUAUUGAUUGCUUCUCUCAUGAUGAGAAAAUUAAUGUGUGGAACUGAGAUCAUUAGCCAGUUGUCAUUUUCUUCAAUGUUUCCACAUUGUCAACCUUUCCACGUUUAUAGGGGACAAUUUUAUGUGAUACGAGGAUGGUGCUUUAGGGUAAGCUUUAUGUUUGGGUUUUAAACAAUCAUGUGUAAGGCUUUUUCCUUUCAAUAAACUUCAUCCAAAAAUCCA